UAACCAUCUCUUGGGAAAUAUCUACCGGCAUCAAUUGCUCCACUGACUCCUCAACAUGAUGGAUCCGGGUGAGGGUUCCUCGUCAACAUCGAAGUCAAGAAAGCAAAGAUUUCGUGAUGCAUGGAUUGAGCAGCCGGAAUUUCAGGGCUGGUUGGCUGCAGUCCCUGGGGAUCCGUUCAGGGCGUUCUGCAAAGUUUGCAGCGCUAGUAUGGUCGCUGGCAGUAGCGAGCUUAAAAAGCACGCUGAAAGGCAAGGCCACAAGAAAGCCAUGUUAGGCCUCCAGAAACAACACCUCCUAACAGGGUUCAUCCAGAAAAAGCCAAAAGACUCCAUGGAUGACAAGGUGAAGAUGGCAGAGAUCAAGCUUUCUGCGUUUAUCACGGAACACUCCCUGUCAUUCAAAGUGAUGGACCACAUGGGCGAGCUCGUGAAAACGGUGUUUCCUGAUUCUAAAAUCGCAGAACAGGUGAGACUUCACAAGACGAAAUGCACAUCAAUUGUAAAAAAUGUGCUAGCAAAGGCAGAAGUGCAGAGCCUUUCCGCCAUACUAAGAAAAACGCGGUUUUCUCUUUUCGUCGAUGAGGGCACGGAUGUCUCGAGCACAAAGCUCCUCUGCUGUGUCGUACGUUAUUAUUGCGAUGCUGUAGAUGAUGUCAUCACGCAGCUGCUUGAAGUUAUUCCCCUCGACGCCACGAGUUGCUCCGCAGAGUCCCUCGCAACUGCUGUUGAGCAGUGCUUAAACCACAAGGAGAUUCCAAUGAAAAACAUUAUCGCACUGGCUUGCGAUAACGCUAGCGUGAUGGUCGGCGAACACAACUCUUUGAUGACCCGACUGCACGCGAACGCGGACAGAAGCUUUGUGACCAUCAGGUGCAUCUGCCACUCUUUACACAUCGCUGCCAGCAAAGCUGCAAUGAAGCUACCGCGGAAUCUUGAAGAUCUGCUGAAGAAUGUCGCGAGUUACUUCGGGCAUAGUUGCAAGCGUCAAGCUCAGCUUGCUGAUCUGCAGGAAUACCUUAAAACAGAGAAGCAUAGAAUCCUAAAGCCCAGCGAAACGCGGUGGCUGGCACUGCAAAAAUGCGUCGAGCGCGUCUUUCAGGAAUGGGACACAUUGAAGUUGCUUUUCUUGCAAGCGUCUGUAGAGGACAGAGUUGCAGCUGCAGGGCAGAUCUUGGCCGAA